GGGAAGCUGCUCCGUGGGUGUGGGGGACGGCGGCCAGGGUUCUGGUCAGUCGUCUCCAGUCUGCCUAGCAGGAAGGAGAAGUGGCCCGACCCCUCACCAGUCCCUCCCCUCAGCCUCUCCCCACAUUACUUUUCUGGGGCUCCGGUCCUUCACGGUCCUUCACUUGCUCAGCUCCGGCUCCUCCGCCAGCCAGCGAGGCCUCUGGACAGGGGAUUGCACCUUCCUCCUCUCCCAGCAAGGGGGCUCCAGAGACUGUCCCAGCCUGGAAGUCCGGUGGCCUGGGGAUUCGGUGGGUCUGUUCCUCAGCACUGGCCUGGGGCUCUGUGUGAGAGUCCCUUGGUAAUGUCCAGGGCUCCAGGAAGAGAUGUCCUUGUGGCUGGAGGCCCCUGUGCCUGAUGCUUCUCCUGACUCUGCAGUGGAGCUGUGGGAGCCAGAUGCACAAGAUGCAAGUGGCCAGGCGCUGGGAGUCAGCAACUGCGUCCUCAGGGAGGAAGCCAGCACGCCCCAGUCGGCUGGGGACUCCCUGGGGGCAGGGCUGGAGGCAGCAGAGCCCAUAGUCCUGCUCCCUGGGGUGGAUACCCCUCCAGAGUCUACAGAGCUCCGUCCGCAAAAACGGAAAAAGGGGCCAGCCCCCAAAAUGCUGGGGAAUGAGCUGUGCAGUGUGUGUGGGGACAAGGCCUCUGGCUUCCACUACAACGUGCUGAGCUGUGAGGGCUGCAAGGGAUUCUUCCGCCGCAGCGUCAUCAAAGGAGCGCGCUAUGUCUGCCACAGUGGGGGCCACUGCCCCAUGGACACCUACAUGCGUCGCAAGUGCCAGGAGUGUCGCCUUCGAAAAUGCCGCCAGGCUGGCAUGCGGGAAGAGUGUGUCUUGUCCGAAGAGCAGAUCCGCCUAAAGAAACUGAAGCGGCAAGAGGAAGAACAGGCUCAGGCCACAUCCAUGCCCCCAAGGGUGUCCUCACCUCCCCAAGUCCUGCCCCAGCUCAGCCCAGAACAGCGGGGCAUGAUUGAGAAACUGGUGGCUGCCCAGCAACAGUGUAACAGACGCUCUUUUUCUGACCGGCUCCGAGUCACGCCUUGGCCCAUGGCACCAGAUCCCCAGAGCCGGGAGGCCCGUCAGCAGCGCUUUGCCCACUUCACAGAGCUGGCCAUCGUCUCUGUGCAGGAGAUCGUUGAUUUCGCCAAACAGCUGCCUGGCUUCCUGCAGCUCAGCCGGGAGGACCAGAUCGCCCUACUGAAGACCUCUGCGAUUGAGGUGAUGCUCCUGGAGACGUCUCGGAGGUACAACCCUGGGAGUGAGAGUAUCACCUUCCUCAAGGACUUCAGUUACAACCGGGAAGACUUUGCCAAGGCAGGGCUACAGGUGGAAUUCAUCAACCCCAUCUUUGAGUUCUCCAGAGCCAUGAAUGAGCUGCAGCUCAAUGAUGCUGAGUUUGCUCUGCUCAUCGCCAUCAGCAUCUUCUCUGCAGACCGGCCCAACGUGCAGGACCAGCUCCAGGUAGAGAGGCUACAACACACAUACGUGGAGGCUCUGCAUGCCUACGUCUCCAUCCACCACCCCCAUGACCGACUGAUGUUCCCAAGGAUGCUAAUGAAACUGGUGAGCCUCCGGACCCUGAGCAGUGUUCAUUCAGAGCAAGUGUUUGCACUGCGCCUCCAGGACAAAAAGCUUCCCCCGCUGCUCUCUGAGAUCUGGGAUGUGCACGAAUGACUGUUCUUCCCCCAUAUCUUCUCUGUUUUCUGGGCUGGAGGGCUGAGGCGCCUGGCUGCCUCCUACAGGUGGAGCUGUCUGAGAAGGGCAAACAUUCCUGGGAGCUGGGCAAAGGAGAUCCUCGUGUGGCAUUAAAGGAGAGUCAAAGGGU